AUGGGAGGAAGUAGCUCUAAAGAAUCGAACAGAGGAGGAAGCGGUCGGAGGUAUUCUCGUAGUGUGUCUGGAAGCUCGUCUUCUACUGCUUGGGGUGACCAGAACAGCUACUAUCACACACCAAACCAUCCAUCUGCAAGUCCUGUCUCCUCCUCUUACAAUUCUGGUUGGCAAACUCAGAAGAAUCUUGAGAGGAAGUACUCACGGAUUGCUGAUAAUUACCGUUCCAUCGAUGAGGUUACUGCUGCUCUUUCACAUGCCGGUUUGGAGUCUUCGAAUCUGAUUGUUGGUAUUGAUGUCACAAAGAGCAACGAGUGGACAGGGGCGAGAUCUUUCGGUAGGAAGAGCCUGCAUUACAUUGGAACAACUCCAAACCCUUACCAGCAAGCUAUUUCCAUCAUCGGAAAGACUUUAUCGGUUUUUGAUGAGGAUAAUUUGAUCCCUUGUUAUGGAUUUGGAGAUGCUACAACCCAUGAUCAGGAUGUCUUCAGUUUCAAUCCCAAUGAUACAUUUUGUAAUGGGUUUGAAGAAGUCCUCAUGUGUUAUAGAGAGAUCGUUCCCCAGCUCCGCCUUGCAGGUCCAACAUCUUUUGCACCCAUCAUCGAAAGGGCCAUGACAAUUGUGGAAGAAAGUGGCGGUCAAUACCAUGUUCUUCUAAUAAUCGCUGAUGGACAGGUGACAAGAAGUGUUGAUACAGAGAAUGGGGGAUCUAGUCCACAAGAGCAACAGACCAUUGAUGCCAUUGUUAGAGCAAGUGAAUAUCCUUUGUCGAUAGUUCUGGUUGGUGUUGGAGAUGGCCCCUGGGAUACCAUGAGACAGUUUGAUGACAACAUCCCCGCUCGUGCCUUUGACAAUUUCCAGUUUGUAAACUUCACGGAGAUAAUGUCAAAGAACAUUGAUCUGGCAAGAAAGGAGGCAGAAUUUGCGCUUUCUGCCUUGAUGGAGAUCCCGUCUCAGUAUAAAGCCACUCUCGAGCUAGGUUUACUCGGGCGAAGAACUGGAAAUAGUCCAAAUAGGAUUGCACUUCCACCACCAACUCAUGCUACUCAAUCCAUGCGCAACAGCCCAAGAACUUCUCGUUCAACCAGCUUUCAGAACAGAGGACCACAACCAUAUGAUAGUGGUGUUGCCACUGCACCACCUUCAACUGCUCGUAACGAUGGCAAGGUUUGCCCGAUAUGUCUAAUGAAUCCAUUGAACAUGGCUUUCAACUGUGGUCAUCAGACUUGCGCAGACUGUGGGGAAGACCUCAGUGUUUGCCCCAUUUGCCGGAGCUCAAUCUCGGUUCGUAUCAAGCUUUAUUAA